AUGGCGGCCGCGAAAGGAACCAUUCUCGUGACUGGGGCAAACGGGGGGCUCGGAAGUGCUAUUGUCAAGCAAGUCGUCUCCAACCCAGAACUUGCAGCCUUUCAUGGCCUUUAUGCCGUCCGCGACGCCGCUGCCGCGCCCUCUCUCAGAGCUGCAUUAGCAGGCAACCCGUCGCAUGCACACGAUAUCUUCUCGCAAAACCUCACGAACCUUGACAGCGUCCGCUUGACGGCCUCGGCCAUCGUCACUCGUAUUGCGGCGGGCGAGAUUCCGCCAAUCCGGGUGUUGAUUCUAUGCGCCGGAUGCCGAGACUUUGGCAAGCAGACAUGGUCCGAGGAUGGCUUGGAUGCGACAUUCGGCGGUAACUAUCUCGGUCAUUGGUUGUUGACGCUCCUUUUGUUAGGGAGCAUGGAGAAAGAAAAUGGACGGAUUGUGAUAAUUGGAACUCAGGCCCACGAUCCCUACGACAAGCGCAAUGUGUCGACCAAGGCGUUUAUCGAAGAUAAGUAUAAGACGAUCAUUCACCACGAAACCAGCGUCCAGGAAAUUGCCCAAGGCAACUGGAGUUGGGGCUCAGCCCAAGAGGACCAGUCGUUUCAGGGUGGAACGCGCCGCUAUGGUGCUGCUAAGCUCUUUUUGAUCAUGUUCCAGCACGAGCUACAGCGCCGCCUGGAUCGCGAUCCAGCGCUGACGAGAAUCUGCAUCCUGGGCGUUGACCCCGGGACCAUGAUCACAGGUCUACCGCGCCACGCCCCAUGGUUCAUCCGUGUUCUCAUAUUCCAGAUUGUAUUCCCCAUAAUUGCUGCUCUUAUGCCCAAUGGACCGGUCCGAACCACCCUGAAAUCAGCAUCCCAUGUCGUGAGUGCCGCAUUAGACUCAACCCCUGAAUUGGGUGAGUACCCAAAAGAUAGAUACUUGAAUGGUUUGGAGCCAUUCGAGACGAGUGCUGAGUCGAGGGAUCUCAAGAAGGCCGAGCUGGUCUGGAAAGAAAGCGUACGUCUGGCACAGUUGAAAAGAGAAGAGACGUCGCUGGUCGAUUGGCAAUGA